CCCGCUAUUGGAGGGAAAAAAGGUUGGCUUUCGCAGCAUUGCCUUCUGUCAGAAACGAGACCCUCACAAGUGGUCCUUGGAUCCAUCAUAAAUCAACCAAAGACGACCAAGAUAACACUUCAUCCGCUACACUACCCUACACCACCUUACAACAACAACACUAUGUUUGAAGCACGCUUGGCCAACGGCAAGACCCUCAAGGACAUUAUCGAGUCUAUCAAGGAUCUGGUGAAUGAUGCGAAUCUGGAUUGUUCGGAAGAAGGCAUUUCCAUUCAAUGCAUGGACAGUUCGCACGUGUCUCUGGUAUCCAUUAGUCUGGCAGCCAAUGCGUUUGAUCACUACCGAUGCGAUCGUCCUCUCUCCUUGGGACUCAACAGUGCGAAUAUGGCCAAGAUUUUCAAAAUGAUGGGCAAGGACGACUCGGUUGUCUUGAAAGCAGAAGAUGAACCGGAUAACCUCACCAUGAUGUUUGAAAAUGACAAGACUGAUACCAUUGCCGAUUUUGAACUCAAACUCAUGGACAUUGACAAUGAACAGCUGGGAAUUCCGGAUACUCCCUACAAAUGCACCAUUCAAAUGCCCGCUGGCGAAUUCCAGAGAAUCAUUCGCGACCUUCAAGUGCUGGGAGAUGCCUGUACCAUUUCCUGUACCAAGGAGGGAAUCCGAUUCACGGUCUCGGGUAGCAUUGGGACGGGAAAUAUCCUCAUUCGCGCCCACGACGCCGAAAAGGAGGAAAACUCCGUCAAGAUUGAAAUGGAGGAACCCGUCGAACUGUCGUUUGCCCUUCGGUAUCUCAACUUUUUCACCAAGGCGACUCCCUUGAGUGCACAGGUCGUUCUCUGUAUGAGCCCCGAAGUACCUAUUGUUGUCGAUUAUCCCAUUGAAGAUACCGGUUUUGUCAAGUUCUAUUUGGCUCCCAAGAUUGAUGAAGGUGAUGAAGAGGAGUAAAAAUGAAACAACAAUAACAACACAAAACAAUUCACAACCUAUGGCUAGCGCCGGAUAUAUGUUGAUGGGGAUCACUAUUAAAUAAUAUAAGUAAAACAGCAAAACGUAACGAGAAUAUUCUAUUCCACACAC